GCGCGGCUGCGGGAGGCCGGGGCGCCGCGGGGGGCGCGCGCUGGCGGGCGGGACGGCUCCGCGCUCCCCGCCGCGCCUUCCGGGCCGGGCCGGGAAAAGUUGGGGCGGCUGGCUGGCCUCGGGGGCCGGGCGGGAAGUGCGGCGCGGGCGGCCGAGGCCCCGCGCGGCCCGCAGAGGGGCGCGGGGUUGCAGGUGGCGACAGGCGGCCGGGGAACCCGGGAAGGCGGCGGGGACGAACUGGCCUCUUCCCCGCUGCGGCCCAGGGGCCCGGCCCAGAGUUGGGGGCCCCUCGUGGCGUCCGGGGCCCCCGUGGGGAAGGAGCCUAGCGUGGUUUCCUGCGUCGCGGGCUCCAGGACCGCCCCUCCCGGUGCCUCAUUCACCUCACACUGCGGUGCGUUUGUCCUGGGGAAGUUGAGCGGGCCGCCGAGUGAACGGAAUCACUCAGGUCACCCUGACUGGAAGUCGGCUGACUGGCGUCACUGAAACAACAGCUCCAGAGUUUGAAGAAAAGGCUCUGGUCCAGGCUCACUUCUUCUGAAUCGCUCUGCCACCACUAACAGAAAGCUAGCAGCUUCCUGGAGGCUGGGCGUCUGUCUUCUCACACCCCGUGAAGGAAGAGCACUUUGCUACCGAGGGCGACAUUUCUGCCCGCGUGGUUCGUAGCUGGCUCCUUGCCAUCGUCCGAGUCAAGAAAUAUUUGAAUGAGAGAGGCUCCCGGCCCGGGACAGAGGAUUGCAGCCCUUUCUUCCAGAACUCUCUGGACGCAUCUUCCCAGCAUCCUCUAGCAAAGAUGCGUCAGCUCAAGGGAAAGCCAAAGAAGGAGACAUCCAAGGACAAGAAGGAGCGGAAGCAGGCCAUGCAGGAGGCCCGGCAGCAGAUCACCACAGUGGUGCUGCCCACCCUGGCUGUGGUGGUGCUCCUGAUUGUGGUGUUCGUGUAUGUGGCCACGCGCCCCGCAGUUACCGAGUGAGCCCCUCCGUUCCAGCUCUCCUCUGCAGACGUGUCUACAGCGCCAAGCUCCCAGCAGGAGGGCCCUGUCUUCUCUGCUCUUUGACUUGACUAAAAUUUCUCUACUUGUUUGGGGGAGGGAAUAGGGAAUAUUUUAUCAGUGAAUGUGCCAUACACCUGAUGGUCCACUUCAUGUGCCUUUCAGACUUCAAAGCAGAGUGUGUGUGAGUGCGUGUGUGCGUGCGUGUGUGUGUGUGUGUGUGUGCGCGUGCGUGUGUUUCUUUUUCUUCUGAAAUCGAUGCAUAACUGCUCCUGGGGAGCCGAGGACUCUCUGGGUGAGGCUGUUGGUUGGAAUCAGUGCCACCUCCCUACCAUCCCUGCAACAUGCUCUCCUGCUCCUGCUCACUACUUCCUAAGGGGACAGCAUUUCUGCUCUGUGCUUGAUGGGAUUUGAAAUAUGUUGAUUCAAAGUGAAAUAUUUAUUUUUUGAAUAAAGGAGAUAAUAGUCUUAAACUGGA